UUAAUUAAUUAUUAAUUAUUUCUCCUGCUCCCUCAAACUACCCAGAUGUCCUCCGCCUCUUCCCUUCUCCUCUUCCUCUUCCUCUCCUCCGCCGCCUCCGCCACCACCGCUGGCGACAUCUCCGACCUCCUCCGCCUCGCGAGAGGAGACUCCGACCUCCUCCUCACCAUCCGUCGUCAGAUUCAUCGCCACCCUGAGCUCCGCUUUCAAGAACACAACACCAGUGCCCUUAUCCGCCACCAUCUCGACCUCCUCGGGAUCCCCUACUCCUACCCCGUCGCCGGCACCGGCGUCGUAGCCACCGUUGGAUCCGGCGAGCCCCCCGUCGUCGCUCUCCGUGCUGACAUGGACGCCCUCCCUCUCCAGGAAAUGGUGGAGUGGGAGCAUAAGAGUACGGUGGACGGGGUGAUGCAUGGGUGUGGGCAUGAUGCACAUGUCGCGAUGUUGCUCGGAGCUGCGAAGUUGCUGAAUCAGAGGAAGGACAAGCUGAAGGUAGUGAAUUUUUUCGAUUUUGAGUUUCCUCAUUUACCGAGUAGACUAUAUGAUCUUCAACUAGCAUUUGCUCUCGAUCGAUUGGAGGUGACUUUGUCAGGGUGA